CAAAAACAUAAUUUAGGGAUGUUGUCACUAUUUGUCAAAUUUUUUUAGCAGUAAACGAAAAGAAUAUUUUUUUAAACAUGCCAAAGAAAAAAUGUUGUAAUCGUAAGAAGAAAAAAGUAUUUAUACCAGUAAAAACAUUUCGAUAUCUACCAGGUUCAGUGUCCAAUGAAGUAAAUUAUGACGAUUUACAUACUUAUAAUUGUCAUCGUUAUCGAGUACUAAUGUGUCACGAAGUUGUUGAUACAAAACCUUUUAGUAUAAAUCCUUUUCGUAUGUUGCCGAGACGUAAAAUGGUCGAAGAUCUGUUUCAGUCGGAGUCAAUAGAUAAGAAAAAUAAGCACCUUUUAUAUAAAAUUAAUUUUAUUAAUCGAAAUGGUGGAUGGGUCGACUGUUACAAUCCUUGGGCUUAUUGGAGAAAAAAUGAUUGGCUAAGUUAUGAACAAAAGAUGAAAAGUUAUGAAAAAGAGAAUAAAAUAAUACACAAGACAAUACUAAAUUCAGAGUCUCAUUACUCAAAAACGGAAAUGGACAAAAGAUGGAAAAGAGUUAUGUUUAACUUUUCGCAUAGUUCUAAAUUUCCUCUAGUUAUUACAUUAAAGGUAGACCAUGAUGCGAUAUUAAGGUCUCAACCAUCUAUUAGUGAAGGUCUAUGCGUAUGUACUUCAGAAUGUCUUAGAACAAACCGACCAAAGUGUUUUUUGGAGUUUAGUGUUAAAGACGGAGAAUAUUUAGGUAAAAUAAUUAUUGAAUUAUAUUUUGACUUCGUUCCGGUUACUGUACAAAACUUUAUGGAAAUAUGUGAAGGACAAAAAUUGACAUAUAAGGAUUGCUUGGUACAUCGAAUAGUCAGGGGUCAGUACAUGGAGUCGGGAGAUAUUACACUUGGUACUGGUCGAGGUGGUACUUCCAUAUAUGGUAAAACAUUUUCGGAGGAAAAUCAUCUCUUAAAACAUUCUAAAGCAGGUGUGCUCUCUAUGAAACGAUUACCUCCCACGGAUAAUAAUUCCCAAUUUAUCAUAACUUUUGCAAAAAUGGAGCAAAUGGAUCAUAAAAAUGUGGUAUUUGGAAAGAUCAUUAAGGGAUAUGCGAAUUUACUGAAAGUUCAAGACUAUGGGCGUAAAAUAGGAAAACCAUACGUUGAUAUUAUUAUCAGUAAUUGCGGAUUAGUAAAUACAUGAAUUUUAGAUCAAUUUAUGUUGCUACAUAUGAAAAUAGAGAUAUCAUAAAUUGGAUUACGAAAUAAAAAAAGUAAUAAAAGUUUG